AUGUUAUCUGUGCAGGUCAUUAAAAGCAUCUGUCUGAACAACCCCAACAGUCUCCAUGGGUCACUAAACAGAAGACUCUGCACUUCUGACCGAGUCUUCAUCAUCAUCAUCAUCAUCAUCAUCAUCAUCAUCAUCAUCAUCAUCAUCAUCAUCAGAGACAGGCUCAAACAGAACAUAAAUAAAGUGGCACCAACAGCAGGAAACCUCUGUGUCCUUCACAUUUAUCACAUUGAAAGUAUUUGGACUGAGACGUGUCUGAGACGCCGAGUGAAUGUGACCAUGGCUUCAGAGAGAGAGCAGAUACCAGGAACCAUCAGUGAAGAAGCAGCAGGGGGCAGCACUGAGCCAGGUGUCUGCGUCAGAACAAAAUCCUCAGUGUCCAGUGCUGUGUCCCUGAAGAGUGACCGGUCUAUGCCUAAACCACCAGACUUCAGUCUUGAAGCUGCUUCUUCAAAACCACAAUCCUCAGUGUCCAGUGCUGUGUCCCUGAAGAGUGACCGGUCUAUGCCUAAACCACCAGACUUCAGUCUUGAAGCUGCUUCUUCAAAACCACAAUCCUCAGUGUCCAGUGCUGUGUCCCUGAAGAGUGACCGGUCUAUGCCUAAACCACCAAACUUCAGUCUUGAAGCUGCUUCUUCAAAACCACAAGAAAAGUCACUGCUGGACUCCAGCCCCAGGGCCCAAGACCUCAGGACCCAAGACCUCAGGGCCCAAGCCCUCAGAGCGACACAAGAAGAAGAGCUCCAGAAGCUUCUGCAGGAUCAUAAACGGCGUCUCAUCAGCAGAUGUGGGAAGAACCAGGAGCUGGAGCUGGUGGUGCCGCUGUCCUUCAGAGAGAUGAACCUGGUGAAAGGGCAGCGCUACAGUCUGAUGCAGCUCAUACAAGUGUUCCAUCCAGCGCUGGAAAAACAGACUCUCUCUCCACACUCUCUGUCCGUCUCUAAACUCCUCUUCAUCUUAGACGGCCUGGACGAGAGCAGACUGGGUCUGGACUUUGACUGUGAGCUCAUCUCUGAGGAAGGCUCGGUUGUUUUACUGUGA